AGCUGCCUUAUUCUUUGUUAUCCCACCCCCGCCCGCCUCGGCUAACGGUUUUGGGGCCCGUUUGCUUGGUGCGUCUGGAACUCCUCAGGCGGCGGGCGUCUCGCAGGAAAAACCGCGGCCCGUACUGCGCCGGGAGCAGAAGCGCUGGUGGCCCUCGUAGGUCCCGUGGGCUGCCUCCCCCUCCUGCAGACACUCGAGGAGCCAUCCGGCCGCGUCUCUCGCCGCCCGGCCCUGCCACUAGGCUGCCGCCUCCGCCGCUGCACACAGAAGGGCGAAGACCCGCCCCUGCAGGUGAUUGACGGGCACUCUCCUCCAAUGGUCAACGCGCUCGGCCCCGGCGGGCUGGGCAAGGGCCGCGGCUCGCGGAGGAAUCUCUCUUGCCCUUUAGUCCCGGGCAAGGUGUUGCGGCCGGCGCCAUUUUCUCGAGCCGCCUGUUUCGGGUGCCGCCAUGUUGGUGAGGAGAAAUCACCGUUACGGCCACUGUCCAAAUCCCCGCGUCGCUGCACGCCGCCCGCCCGCUCCCACGCCACAGCCACCGGCGGCGAAUAGAGACUAGAGCGGCAGCGCCGGCAGCGCGGGGCCGUUGCCCAGUGUUUGCAGUUAGAGCCCCAUCUCUCUGGCGUGGUUGUUAAUAGACUGGAAAGUCUGUGUCUGUGUCGCUCACUAGUAACCGUGAGUUUUUACCACUUCGUCACCUGUCGGCGGCGGCCGGGAGCAGGUUCCCGCAGGCGGCGCGGGGGUCUUCCCCGCGCCCCGCCGCCGCCGGCCUCGCAGACCUGCCCUCCAGCCCCGCCCCGUUCUUGACCAAACAUGACAGACUCUGAACAUGCAGGGCACGACAGAGAAGAUGGCGAAUUAGAAGAUGGUGAAAUAGACGAUGCAGGAUUUGAAGAAAUACAAGAGAAAGAAGCAAAAGAGAAUGAAAAGCAGAAAAGUGAGAAAGCCUACAGAAAAUCAAGAAAAAAACAUAAGAAAGAGAGAGAGAAGAAAAAAUCCAAAAGGAGAAAACGUGAGAAACAUAAGCAUAAUUCCCCAUCUAGUGAUGAUAGUUCGGACUACAGCCUUGAUUCAGAUGUUGAACAUACAGAAAGUUCCCAUAAAAAAAGAACUGGUUUCUACAGGGAUUAUGACAUUCCAUUUACUCAGCGUGGACAUAUAUCAGGAAGCUACAUAACAUCAAAGAAGGGUCAACAUAACAAAAAAUUUAAAAGUAAAGAAUAUGAUGAGUACAGCACCUACAGUGAUGACAACUUCGGUAACUACAGUGAUGACAACUUUGGUAACUACGGUCAGGAAACAGAGGAAGAUUUUGCCAAUCAGCUGAAACAAUACAGGCAAGCUAAAGAAACCGCAAAUAUUGCUUUAGGGUCAUCAUUUUCUAAAGAAUCAGGGAAAAAACAGAGAAUGAAAGGAGUUCAGCAAGGUAUUGAACAGAGAGUUAAAAGUUUUAAUGUUGGUCGUGGACGUGGCUUGCCGAAGAAAAUCAAACGAAAAGAACGUGGGGGAAGAACCAAUAAAGGGCCUAAUGUGUUUUCAGUAUCGGAUGACUUUCAAGAGUAUAAUAAACCAGGGAAAAAAUGGAAGGUUAUGACUCAGGAAUUUAUUAAUCAGCACACAGUGGAACACAAAGGAAAACAAAUCUGUAAAUACUUCCUGGAAGGGAGGUGUAUUAAGGGAGAUCAGUGUAAAUUUGAUCAUGAUGCAGAGUUGGAGAAAAGAAAAGAGAUCUGCAAAUUUUAUUUACAAGGAUAUUGUACCAAAGGAGAGAACUGCAUUUAUAUGCAUAAUGAAUUUCCAUGCAAGUUCUAUCAUAGUGGAGCAAAAUGUUACCAGGGAGACAACUGUAAAUUUUCCCAUGAUGAUCUAACUAAAGAAACAAAGAAACUUUUGGACAAAGUGUUGAAUACUGAUGAAGAACUCAUAAAUGAAGAUGAAAGAGAAUUAGAGGAACUUAGAAAGCGUGGCAUAACUCCUCUUCCCAAACCACCUCCAGGGGUUGGGCUUCUGCCAACCCCUCCAGAGCAUUUUCCCUUUUCUGAUCCUGAAGACGAUUUUCAGACAGAUUUCUCUGAUGAUUUUAGGAAAAUUCCAUCUCUUUUUGAAAUAGUUGUAAAACCUACUGUGGAUUUAGCGCAUAAAAUUGGGAGGAAGCCACCAGCAUUUUAUAACAGUGCCUCACCACCAGGACCACAAUUUCAGGGAAGCAGUCCACACCCUCAACAUAUCUAUAGUUCUGGGUCAAGUCCAGGUCCUGGACCUAACAUGUCUCAGGGACACAGUAGUCCUGUGAUGCACCCAGGCUCCCCUGGACAUCACCCAUGUGCAGGACCUCCUGGUCUACCAGUGCCACAGAGCCCACCUUUACCACCUGGUCCACCUGAAAUUGUAGGUCCUCAAAAUCAAGCUGGAGUGCUUGUUCAACCAGACACAUCUUUGACACCGCCAAGUAUGGGUGGGGCUUACCACUCCCCAGGCUUUCCAGGACAUGUGAUGAAAGUACCCAGAGAGAAUCACUGUUCUCCAGGUUCAUCAUACCAGCAAAGUCCUGGUGAAAUGCAGCUCAACACCAAUUAUGAGUCCCUGCAAAACCCAGCUGAGUUUUACGAUAAUUACUAUGCACAACAUUCUAUACAUAAUUUUCAGCCACCCAAUAACUCUGGUGAUGGGAUGUGGCAUGGUGAAUUUGCCCAGCAGCAGCCUCCUGUUGUUCAAGACUCACCUAACCAUGGGAGUGGGUCUGAUGGCAGCAGCACUAGGACAGGCCAUGGCCCUCUGCCUGUACCAGGCCUCCUCCCUGCAGUGCAAAGAGCUCUUUUUGUAAGACUUACUCAGAGAUACCAAGAAGAUGAAGAACAAACCAGCACCCAACCUCAUAGGGCACCAAGCAAGGAAGAAGAUGAUACAGUUAACUGGUAUUCCAGUAGUGAAGAGGAAGAAGGAAGCAGUGUCAAAUCAAUACUGAAAACAUUGCAGAAACAAACAGAAACUUUAAGGAAUCAGCAACAACCUUCCACAGAACUCAGCGCUCCUACUGAUCCAAGACUUGCUAAAGAGAAAAGUAAAGGAAACCAAGUGGUUGACCCUAGGCUUAGGACUAUCCCAAGGCAAGACAUUAGAAAGCCUUCUGAGUCUGCCCCACUGGAUCUUAGACUUGCGUGGGAUCCCAGGAAAUUGAGAGGGAAUGGAAGUGGUCACAUAGGCUCUUCUGUUGGUGGAGCAAAGUUUGAUUUGCAUCAUGCAAAUGCUGGCACUAAUGUCAAACACAAAAGAGGCGAUGAUGAUGAUGAAGAUACAGAAAGAGAACUGAGAGAAAAAGCUUUCUUAAUACCUUUGGAUGCCUCACCUGGCAUAAUGCUCCAGGAUCCAAGGUCACAAUUGAGACAGUUCAGUCACAUUAAAAUGGACAUUACUCUAACCAAACCCAACUUUGCAAAACACAUCGUGUGGGCUCCCGAAGACUUACUUCCAGUACCUUUACCUAAACCUGAUCCAGUGUCUUCAAUCAAUUUACCUCUGCCCCCACUUAUAGCUGACCAGAGGCUAAAUAGAUUAUGGAAUACAAAAAGUGAUCUUCAUCAAAACACAGUGUCCAUUGAUCCAAAAUUAGCAGCCAAAGCCAAAAUUAACACAACAAACAGAGAAGGCUACCUAGAACAAUUUGGAGACUCACACGGUUCAGGAGCUAAAUUAGGAGAUCCUAGACUACAAAAAAAUUUUGAUCCUAGGCUUCACAGACUGCCCAAUACAGAGUCUCAUCAAGUGGUUAUGAAGGAUUCACAUACAUCAAAGGGUGCCCCUCACUUAUCCAGAUCAAACCCUGGUUCAUCACAGCCCUCAGGGGCAGGAACUAGCAAUUCUGGUUCCGGGGCUCUGCCUCCAUAUGCCCCUAAACUCUCUUCCUCAGCUGGCCUUCCACUGGGAACUUCAACUUCAGUUCUUAGUGGUAUUAGUUUGUAUGACCCUAGGGAUCAUGGUUCAUCAUCCACAUCAGAGCUAGCAACAGCUUCUUCAGGAGAAAACUCAAAGAACCAGAAAAAAAGUGGUGGCUUAAAAAGUAGUGACAGAAAUGAACCUUCUCCUGGAGAAGCUAUCCUUCCACAAAAAACCAAUCCAAAUGUGGAAGUCACUCUUGACGGGCCAGCUGACCCACAGGCAGAUAUUCCCAGGAGUUCCGGUAAGGUUCAGGUCCCAGCAGUGCACAGCCUUCCUGUUCAGGCAUUAACAGGCUUAAUUAGGCCACAGUACAGUGAUCCAAGGCAGGCAAGGCAGCCAGGACAGGGGAGCCCAACCCCAGAUAAUGAUCCCGGUAGAGAAACAGAUGACAAAUCUCUGAAAGAGGUUUUUAAAACUUUUGAUCCAACCGCUUCACCAUUUUGUUAGCUGUUGUGUAACUGAGCAAUUCUUUUCACUCUUGUGACUAUCUCAGUCCUCUGCUGUUUUGUAACUGGUUUACCUCUAUAGUUUAUUUAUUUUUAAAUUAUAAACACUUUUCAGCUGCUAGUAUCAGAACCACAUGAAGUUAUAGCCUCUAAAGCCUGUGGUAUUUUAUAUAAUAUUUUUAUAACUUUAAGAGACUGUAGUAAUUGACCUAAAAACUUAUGUUAGCUUCAGUAAAAGUACUUUUAUUGUAAAUAAACAAUCAUGAACUCAACACUCUGCCUGAAUAUAUGCCAGUUGUCUUUCAUAAUCAAUGUUUAGAUAAAUGAUUGCCACUUUUUAUAUGGUUGUUUAGUUUCAAGCAAUAUGAUGUACAUUACUUUUGAGAAACAGUAUUUUGACUAGGACCUCUCUUAUUUGUCAGCACAGAACUGAUUAAUAUGUAAUGCUACCUGCUAAUUAAAAUGUAAAAUCAAGUAAAGAAAACAUUUUAAAAUUACAAUUAGCAGAGCAGUUCAUGUUUAAGGGCAUCACUUUUAUUAGUAUUGGCAAUAUUAUUUGUGUAAAUGAAGCAUUUGAAUGUCAUAUCUUUUUAAAGUAUUUUAUUGUAUACUGUAUCAUAGAAGUUGGAGGUAUAUAAAUAGAACAUUUUGCUAAAGUGAAAAAUUUCCAAGUUCUCUAGCAUAACUUUUUACAUUUAAUUUUUCAUAUGAAAUAGCAAUUAGUUACUGCUGUGUUACAUUGUGAUGUUUAUGUAUGUCAAUGUUUUUGUCUUUAACAGCAUAAUUUAUAUUGCUUUUUCAAAUGAUGUAGCUGCAUUAAUUGUGUUCAUCAUGACUUUGGCGAUUUUUAACAAAAUUUUUAAAGACCCAGUGAGAGUCUGUAGUGAUUAUUACACGGAUAAUGUUUUAAAUGUCUAGGUUCUGUAUUUUUUUCUUAAAUAGCAAGAAAAUACAGAUUGCUAGUAUAGUCAACAGUAUUUGGCUAUCAAUAAAGAAUCUCUUUAAGAUCUCACCCGGCUGGCAUUCUGUAACAGAGGGGAUUACCUGGUGUUUUAAGUAUUUAAUGUCCUCAUAGUGUGGAAAUCCCCUAAAUUGAUUAGAAAUUGUAUUUUAUGAAAAAUAACUUGUAUUCAUUCUUGUGUAUUUAUUACAGUAUAUAAAUAAUGGCAACUCUUUGUUUUAUACAUAUAUAAUUUAUAACUGAAUCUAAGUAUUAGACUGCUACUCAUAUUUUGAACUGCAGGUGUAGGACAGUGUUUGCUGGUAACAACUCCAAUGUGUAUUAAUAACUUGAAAAGGAGCAUUUCACUAUAAAAGAUAAUGAAGUAGGUAAUGAAAUCAGUCCUUGAAUGAAAGCAGUGCCCUUGAGAAGGGAUUUUUUUUUAAAUAUACAGUAAAAUAUUUCGUGGGAUCCUAACACUCACAUAGCAUAUGGUUUAUUAAUAAUGCAUAUCCUUUCUAAUCACUUCUUCAAUUCUUUUUGCUGCAGUUCUGUGCUAAAAUGGGGUUGUGGUUAAGUGAACGAGAACUCUGCCUACCUAAGAAGUUCAUUGUGUUCUAAGUGGAAGGAGAGUUACUGAAGGGAAUGUGAAUUUUUACUGUUUGUACUUCAGAUACAUUUGUUGUCUAAAAUGGCUCUGGAUAACAUUUUUGGGUGAAAAAAUGUAAUUUAAAGCCACCAUAGAAAGUAUUUUCUGAUUUACUGUCCAAAUGAAUUUUGUUGUUAAUUGAGAAGUCAAUAAAAUGGAUUAAACUGACAGAAAGAAAACAUAUAUAUAUAUCCCAAGGUGUAAUUUACUCUUUUGUCAGGAUAAAAUCAGAAAAAUGGCUGAUUUUAGUAAAUGAAAUUUUUAGCAAAUCUUUCAUUCAUGUAGUUUAUAAUUAUUGUGUCAAGCAGUGCUGUUUACAUUUUAAGCAUCAUACAAAAAAGAUAAUUUGGCUUGCUAAACAUCAAAAUAGAAUCCAAACUCUUAACCGAAUAUCUUUUUUACAACCAAAAGAGAUAUUCCAAGAUUUAUUAAAGAGUCAGGUUUAAAAGUUAUUAAUGCAAAUUAUGUAAUGUUCAUUUAUUCAGUAUUCUUGAGUCCCUGUUACCUCAAUUGGUGUUCUAGAGGCUAUUUUAUAAGAAAGUUUGAACUUAGUUUCAAAUUUGACAAUAUAUUUUAUAUGAAAAUGUUUAUGUUUAAAAUAACUGUUAUUUAUUAUGCAGCAUUUUUAUUGUGAUAACGUUAGUUUAUGGGAUAUUCUGUCAUAUCCUGUAAACAUAGUUUAUUUUUCUUCUUUUUUCCCAUUUUCUCAUACAAAUUGAAUAAGUAGCCAUUUUCCCCCAAUGAAUACCUCUUCUUUUAGGUCAAUUGGUGUUUUUAGAAUCCAUGUAAUUUGAUUUGCACUGUUAGAUUGAAAAGUAAGUUACGUUCCUGUUCUUAGAAGCCACACAUUUAGAGAUAACAGAAAUAACUUGAGUCUUAAGAGUAUGGAUAGGCUCAUCCAAUGAGAUGUAACUUAGCUAUUCAUACUGUUUGUGACGGAAAUUCUAUACCUGUUUACUGUGAUGAUGAAUACAGUGGAUAUAGCAGGGGGUUGAAAUGGAACACACAGAAGAUCAUGACAAUUGAGAUUCAGCAACUGCUGUCUCAUAUCUUGGUUAAGACCUCAUUUGUGAACCUUGAAAACAAAUCAGAUGUUGGAGUGAUUUCAAACUCUAUUUCAACAAUUGGGUCUGUUUCUAUAUGGACCCUCUAUUUCCCAGCUGAAUGUUUCAAACCCCCAAAUUAGGCUGCAACCGAAAGAGCCUAAUUGUGAAAUGAUGUGCGCUUAUGUUUCUGUUUAUCCUUUAGCCAUGGAACUUUAAAGAGUAGUGUUCCUCCUACUUACUUUAAGCUGGAAGAAGAGUUGAGUAGUAAAUCCUGUGUGAACUUUUAGCUCAGCUACUCUGCUGAAUUAAUUAGAGGUAGGAAGGACUUACAAGGGCUGGAAGUUUAAAGAGAAUAAAUUCAUAUUUUUUGUUCUGAA